UUUGGACACCGGAAACCUAUGCUGCUUUAAAGGAAGCUUGACAGCUUCGUCGUGCACAGCAGGUCCCAUCAUCAGCAUCAACACGAUGACGCGCUCCGGCCCCGCGGUGCUCUUCUCCCUGCUCGGCCUCCUCCUGGGGCUGCAGCUCGGCACAGCUUCGGCCCGCAGCCCCCGCACGGCCGACCAGGUGUCCGAGGCCGACAUCCAGCGGCUCCUGCACGGCGUCAUGGAGCAGUUGGGCAUCGCCCGGCCCCGGGUGGAGUAUCCAGCCCACCAGGCCACCAACAUCGUCGGGCCCCAGAGCAUCCAGGGAGGUGCACAUGAGGGGCUGCAGCACCUCGGCCCUUAUGGGAACAUCCCAAACAUUGUGGCUGAGCUGACGGGAGACAACGUUCCCAAAGACUUCACUGAAGACCACGGAUACCCGGACCCUCCAAACCCCUGUCCCCUGGGGAAGACAGCGGCAGACGGUUGUUUGGAAAACGCUCCGGACACGGCCGAGUUCAGCCGAGAGUUUCAGAAACACCAGCAUCUGUAUGACCCGGAGCACGACUACCCAGCUCUGGCCAAGUGGAACAAGGAACUGUUGUACCAGAAACUGAAGGGAGGACCCAAGAGAAGAAAAAGGAGUGUCAACCCAUAUUUAAUGGGCCAGAGGCUGGAAAACGUGGUCGCCAAGAAAUCUGUUCCUCGCUUCUCUGAGGAGGAGGAGGAGGAAGCACUGACCGUCUCCCCUGCCGCCAAAUCCACGACCUAAACCUCUGCAGCCGCAGCACUCGCUGUCAUAUUAAACUACAGAUUCAAGAUUUAA